AUGCUUGCCGGGUUCUCAGACGUUUUCUGCUCUCCUCUUAGCCAAUCGCCCGCGCACAGAACGUUUAGAGAGCGUGCUGCACUCGACACGUCCCGACGGCGCCCCAGAAGUAUACGUCGCAUAAAGGCUUGUGCAGAGCCGUUAUCGGAUCACCCGAGGAGACCUUUUUAUCGCUUCCACGCCCCGUCAUGGUACGGGCCUUUGCGCCACUUCCCACCGGGUCCAGUACAUCCCAUGGACUUGUAUGGAAGGCCAUCGUCCUUAUCCAUAGAAGAUGAUCGGGAAAUUCGCCCCGGUUUGAAAGGAGACUCUGACUUUGAUGUCGCGAUGCGGUACUGUGAGCAUCAUCCGCUAGCGCCUAUGCGGAUCCUCGCGGAUGCCCUGGAAAAUGCUCCCGACGCACAGCGCAUUCCAGAAUGGCCGCAAUACCUCCAGUGGUUUGACUGUGAUGAGCGAACGGGUGAUGUACGUAGCAUCUAUGCACCUUUGCAUCCCGCGGAAUCAGAAAGCAUCACGGUGUUGCAGUUCUUUACAACGGAGAAUACUGACUGUUGGUUUGGUCACCGAUUUUGGCGACAUGCGCAGCUAGUAUGCCGGGAAUAUCCAGCAGUUCGCUUCGUUCGCAUUCUCGCAGAAAAGUAUGAGGCAGUCCGCGAGAAACUCACUAGAGAGCGAACGGAGCAGAGGCUGAACGAAAGGCUCGGGGAACGGCCACCGAUGCCGAGCAAGCGAUCCCUGCACAGCACUUUGGAGCGCGAACGGCUUGACGGUGUCGUUGCAGUGGAUUCCGAGCGUCUAGAUUUUUUUCGGACUGUAGGCGCGAUCGGGUGGCCGUUUUGUGUGGUGCUCGCCCCCACAGGCACGCUAGUCGCAAAGUGGUAUCAGGGGAGUCUCUGUGGCGGCCUCGCUCUAGAUGAGAACAAUGGCCAUGUAUUCUUGUUGGAUAUCAUCCUAGCAGGAGCUAUGGAUUACUAUGCCACACAAUUGCGUUCCGGCCUUCAUCCCGGACAGUUUUCAUUGUUGAAUGAUCCACAAAGGCCGCCUGUGUUCCCUGAGGAGCCGCCAAAACCCAUUGGACACCAGCUUGUGCCACGCUCACCCAAGAAGCAGGCUCAAGAGAUGCUGGACAAAUCUGAGGCGCUGAGGCUUCGGUACCCUUCCAAAGUGAUCGUAUUUCGUAGGGUGGAGCCACUAGCGUCAGCAGUGCGCUCGCCAGACUCCGGGCAGCAUCAUUCCCUGUGUGACAUAGAUGACUCGACUGUAACGUCGCGCACUUACAUGGUCAUCGCCGAUACGAACAACGAUCGAGUGGUUUGGUGCCUCUUGGACGAAUCCGGUGCCAUACCGAAACUCGAUCUACGGCACAACGGAACGGUUGAGGGUCUGCGACGGCCCCGGGGAAUUUGCUACGAUCACACGCACGAUCUUGUCUACCUUGCUGACACAGAAAAUCAUCGAAUAUGUCGUUUCCGAGUACCACAAUUCGCGAUGCCGAAUCCCGGAACACCGUAUCCCGUCGAGUGGAUUGCGGGAACUGGUGCUGCAAAAUUUGACCUUUUCGGUACCCGAAGAGCGCGCCACCAGUCGCUGGUCUUUCCCUGGGACGUGGCCGUGGGACCGCGCUUUCGCUUCACUCCGACUGCGCCCUUGGAUGAGGCGAACUCAGCCGCACCCUUGGGUUCGCCGGACCGCAGCCCCGCCUCCCAUGCCGUAUACGUCACGAACGCUGGUUUGAAUCAGCUCUGGCAGAUUGAUUUCUUCGCGAAACAAACCGCCCCAGAUACGAUGCAUCCUGAGCCGCGCUCCUGCCGAGCGGUUUGCGGUAGCGGUGAUCAUCGCCAACUGGAUAUCACGAGCGCAGACAACGAACGCUUGCGAAUAGAGCCCAAACGUUCGUGCUGUUUUGUAUCGAGUAUGGCUCAACCGACUGGUCUCGCACUAAUUCCAGAGAGCUGUGCUGGCGAUGGCGACACGAAGGGACCCUUUAUCGCCUUUAUCGAUGCUGAGUCGAGUUCGGUGCGUUACUUUGCGCCGAGAUCACGCAGUCUGUGCACACUGGCUGGAGGCGGCUCAGCAACAGGUGACAUCGAUGACCUCUUUGAGUACGGGUAUUUGGAUCAUGCGUCUGGAAAGAACGCAAGAUUUCAGCACCCGCUGGGUAUCACGUACGAUUCGUCACGUCGAGCGCUCUUCGUGGCUGACACCUAUAACAAUUGCAUCCGCUGUGUAGACUGGUCGACUGGUGCAGUAGAUACAGUGCACCUUGUUCCCGCCGAUCCAGCAGCGACAGAACUUUUAGUCGACAUGGAUCAACGUGGAAAGGUAACGCAAGACGAUGCGAUACCGUUCUGUUUGAACGAACCAACAGGUGUGGAGGCGGAUCCAGAGGCUUUUCAGGGACGAGGCGCGCUCUGGAUUGCAGACACGAACGCGCACCGUAUUCUCUGUGUCGAGUGGUUACCGAGUGCAUCGAGCGAGGACUCGAAGGAAUCGAUGGAUGACGAGCAGCUUGCUCAGAAGCAAACGCCCAAGCAGCGCGGAGAUCAACGGCAAAGGUUGAAGCUUUCGCGGGUCACGCUCUGGGGGCGUGUGCAUGUUGUUUGGGAUGAUGCCCUUCUAGAGCAGGCCGCUCACUUGGGGCAGCGUGCACGAGCGGGCAUCGUUGAGGCUCAGCCCCGAACCUGA